UACUGGAAAAUCCGAUUCUUGAGGAAACCGAGCUUCAGCCAGUGCCAAAAAAAAUUCUGACAAAAACGGCAGCCGCAUCUCUCUACCCCGCCACGACCUCACUGUUCAACUCAUCAAGUUGGCUCUGCUUCUCUCCAAGCGUCUCUUCUCCCAGCCGCGUCAAUUUGCCGGUGCUAUCUUAUUUAAACUACCGAGCUCCAGCCAAUUCCGAAAAAUGGGUGAGAUUACGCACGCGACCAUCAAAGAUGGAUGGUUCCGCGAGAUCUCCGACAUGUGGCCUGGCCAGGCCAUGACUUUGAAGGUCAAGAAGGUCCUGCACCAUGAGAAGAGCAAGUAUCAGGAUGUCCUGAUCUUCGAGUCCACCGACUACGGCAAUGUGCUUGUUCUGGAUAAUGUCAUCCAGUGCACCGAGCGUGACGAGUUCUCAUACCAGGAGAUGAUCACCCACCUGGCCAUGAACUCGCAUCCCAACCCAAAGAAAGUGCUCGUCAUUGGCGGCGGUGACGGUGGUGUUCUCCGUGAGGUUGUCAAGCACGACUGUGUAGAGGAGGCCAUCCUCUGCGACAUUGAUGAGGCUGUCAUCCGCCUCUCUAAACAGUACCUCCCGCACAUGUCUGCCGGCUUCAACCACCCCAAGGUGAAGGUCCACGUGGGAGACGGCUUCAAGUUUCUCGACGAGUACAAGAAUGCUUUUGACGUCAUCAUCACGGAUUCGUCAGACCCGGAGGGCCCGGCCGAGUCUCUGUUCCAGAAGCCCUACUUCCAGCUUCUUCACGAUGCCCUCCGCGAGGGCGGCGUUAUUACCACCCAAGGUUCUGAGAAUCAAUGGCUCCACCUGCCGCUGAUCACCAAGCUUAAGAAGGACUGCAGCGAGAUCUUCCCGGUGGCUGAGUACGCUUAUACAACCAUCCCGACUUACCCCUCGGGCCAAAUUGGAUUCAUGGUCUGCUGCAAGGAUCCCAACCGCAACGUCAAGGUUCCCGUCCGGUCGUGGACCAAGGAGCAGGAGGGCGAGCUGUGCAGGUACUACAACUCGGAAAUCCACAAGGCCGCCUUCAUCCUCCCCACCUUUGCUCAGAAGGCUCUGCAAUGAAGCAGUUGUGCAGUGAUGGCAGUCGGUUUGGUGCUCGAGGACACGUAGGAGUCCUCACACCGAUGGCCGAGGCGCUUAAGACAAAAAGGAGUGCAGCAAGAAUCGGUUCGAGUCCGAGAGGCGCUGUUAUUAGAGUGGGUAGACUAGC